AUGGCGUACAAAAGACCUGGAAACAAGCGGUUCCACGUCGGGCCUGCCGACACCACCCGUAGAAAGUCGACUGCCAUCACGCAAAGUCCCGACCUUGUUCAUGACGACGAUGGCAAUGUCAAGGCUACGCCAGCACUCUCCGAAAGCAAGAGCCUCGCCUCUAGUCCUUCGCUGCCGACGACUCCUCUGUCCACCUCUACCACAAUGCCGUCCUCGCCCGAGGUAGAGCUAGCCAAACGAUCCAAAGCGAGCCCGGCCAACAACCGAGCCUUUCAUAUCGCCCUACGAGGUGCGUUCAGGAGCAAUGAAAAGGUCACCCCGGAGCGUCAGAAGCACAAUCACUUGGCUGUCGAAAUUCAGGAAGAGGAAACGGAGAAUCUGGAACCCUUGAUCGACCUGAGCGACAGUUGGGAACGAAACACGGUCAAAGAUCUCGAUCACUUUGUCGUUACCGUCAAACCGGUCGCCAAAGCUGGUACUGAGAUACCAUCCGCCGACAAGAAACCCACAUCGGCCAAUACCGCCUUGAGCCCUUGGUCAAAGCCUUUCAACCCGCGCAGGGAAGAUGGUCACGUAUCUCAUCGAUCGCUAGGUCAAGCUCUACCCGUACAUCGGCGAUACGAUUCGCAAGAUUAUACUACGGUUCAUCGUCCCGCUAGCCAGGUAUCACAAUCCAUCUUCAAGUUUCCGCCGCCCAUCAGAGCCCCGUACUCGAUUCCGCAAGUCCAUGGAAACCAGCUCUCGUCACGACCGGCUCCUCCCUCUGCAGUAUUACCGGUUCAGCCUCCCGUGACCACCUCGCACCCGAUCGCUUCUCCUUCUCCGUCCGACAUCCCACUCUUUGCACCAAGGGCACAAAAGGUCGUCUCGAUCCGCCCACCAACAUCCUCGCCUCCUGUACAAUCGCCAGAGACGCCUUCCAAAGUCAAAGCUGGUUCCGCCACGAACUCGCUCGUGAAAGCCAGGAUCGCGCUGCCUUACGAGGAUGACUAUGAUAGCGACGAGGAUCCGUUCUAUCCCGUCGCAUCAAGAUCAUAUCGAGAGCGUGCCGAUUCGGACGGGCUGACCGGAGUCACCGGGGAGAGAGUCGUCAGAGGUCUAGAGCUUCAGCUCGAGAGCGACGAAAGACAGUCUGGAGACCCGGACGAUGAUUCUCCAGGCCUCGAUGUCGCCGAGCGAAUAUCCCCGAUGCGAUCUCCAUCCCCCAAGCCGGCUAGCCCCACACCCUCGAGCCUGAUGAGUUCGCCCGAGCAGCUUCAGGACGUGUUUGGCGGGAGCGGACCGAUGCGAGCGAAUGUCAAAGCGCCUGUAUUCGUUCCCCGACAAAACAGCGGGAGUGACUGUGUAGACCUGACGACCGCAACGCUGGGAAACUCCCCCAUGGCUAGCGGGAAUUCACCUACACCGUCAGCGCGAUCGCAAAUACACAAUCGCGGUCAUACCGUCCCUGCUCAAAAUUCUGGACCGACAGCACAGGUCACAGGCGUCGAACUCAAAGCACAAGCUCCCUCGCGAUCCUACAACUUUACCUUUUGCCGAGCUCACCUUGGCGAGCUGUCCUGUCCUUACGGCAAGUACUGCUGUUUCAAGCAUCCCCGGCUGCGCGAACCCAUCUCGUCCGAACAAUUGGCGCAGAUCGAACGCGAGCUGAGCAGAAAGGAACAGGAAAAGGUCAACUUUGGCAAGAUCCGAGGCUUGAUGACGACCCGAUCGAUCGCCAUCACGCCCGAGGAUGGGACCGCGCUCAUCGUCUUGUACGCCGAAGCGGUCUUGGAGAACGCUACGAGGGAUUCCGUCAUUCCUGCAAACUCGUCGGGUCAGGCCAUGUCCCCGUCCCCGAGUCGAGCCAUGCUGCCCGGUGUGCCCGGUGCUGCGACUCUCUUCGCCAUGCCAGAUGGAAUCCCUGAAGAGCCGAUGGGAGCGAUGGAAGAAGAAAGGAAGUCCGGUCUCGACUUGCGAUGGCUGUCGCAAGGCAAAUCUCUGCGACCCAGACAUUCGCCUCCGGUUCAGGAGGAUAUCGAUUGA